UAUCCAGGAGAAAGACUAGCCAGUUCUACCUCGUUGCAACGCCUCUUGAGAAGAAGAUUAUCCACCCUAAUUAGUCUACCGUAGGGAAAGAAAAACUGGACCGUUACUACCGUAGGGUUACUGGAAUUUAUGCACGAUUGGCUCACUUGUUUAGAGAAGAAAAAAGCGAAAGAACGUUUCCACAAUUUUUAUCUGAAAAUGAUUCGUUUCAUCUUGAUCCAGAAUCGAGCCGGCAAGACUCGUCUGGCAAAGUGGUAUAUGAAUUUUGAUGAUGAUGAAAAGCAGAAGUUAAUUGAAGAAGUGCAUGCUGUUGUGACAGUCAGGGAUGCCAAACACACCAAUUUUGUUGAGUUUCGAAACUUCAAGAUAGUUUACCGCCGCUAUGCAGGACUAUAUUUCUGCAUUUGCGUGGAUAUUGCUGACAAUAACCUCAUAUACUUGGAGGCGAUUCAUAAUUUUGUGGAGGUCCUCAAUGAGUACUUCCACAACGUGUGUGAGCUCGAUUUGGUGUUCAACUUUUACAAGGUAUACAGCGUUGUAGACGAAAUGUUCUUGGCCGGUGAGAUACGAGAGACAAGUCAGACUAAGGUUCUAAAGCAACUUCUCAUGCUUAACUCAUUAGAGUGAAGAUCCCAUUUGUACUCGGCUUUCCCACUCGUCAACACUACUUGGAGAAUUCAAGCCGUCUGCUGCCAUCUGGUCAUCUUCAAUACCUAGUAAAUAUUUUGAUGAAGAUGACAGGAAUCUCCUAUUCAUUAACUUGAUUAAGAAUUUUCUUCAUUUUGACUUAAAAUCAAUAUAAAAUUACCUCUUAUUUUCAGUUUCCAAUUAAUUGGAAUUUGAAUUGGCAAUAACCUAGGUUUCUUACAAGGAUAAAUUUAUUAUUUUUAUUUGUUUAUUCAUUUUUUUUGGAUGAGGGUGUGAAUUUAGUCUGGACUUUCUUUGCAUUCUUGGUAGGUUGACUGUCCACGAGCCGGUUUUUGUGUGAUGGGUUGAAAUGAUGACAGCUAUAAAUCAUUUCACUAUGUUGAAAAUUAUUCAUUGGUCAGAAGGUUUGAAUACAUCCAUGAUUGUUGAGUGCUCUGCUAAUCAUGCUGUCGAAGAGGUUAUUAAUAUAAUUGCUUUACUAUUAUUUAACUAAAUGAACACAAUUUUUUGCAUGUUCCCAGUAUAGCGUUGAAAAUCAAUUUUAAAAUCCCCUUCAUUCAUAAGAAUGAAUCUGUCGUAUUGUGUGAACGAACAGUAGGUUAGUGUAAUUUAGUAAAGUUGACAUUUUUGUUAUUUUAUUCUAUAACUUUAGUUAUAUUAAUAAAAGUUUUUGAGGAGGUUGCUGAUAUUAGAAAAAUUAGUUUUCAAGUCAGCGGAUGAAAUUUCAUAUGUGUUGGUAAGUGAAUUAUAUCUGCAAACAAUUGUUUUGGAUCAUAUAUGCUCAUUAGUAAUCCAAUCAAAUCAUUUAUAUUUAUCGCGAGUUUGAUUCACUACUUAGGUACGUAUGCAAUUCUGAGCAAGUUUAUUGAUAUAAUAAAUUCAUAAAUUUAUUUUUUGUGUUCAAGCCGUUCGUUCUGUCCCAAUGUUGACACAACUUGUAAAAAGAGCAUGAACUGUAGAAAAAAAUCUUGAACCUAUAUUAGAACCUAUCCGUUUGAUGAAUUGAGACGAUUGAAUGUAUAGUAUAGUAUGAAUAUAUAGGUAGUAUAUCUAUAUAUUCAUAUACUAUAUCUAUACUAUGAACAGUUUAGGUUUCAGCUGUGUUGUCUUUUUUGUUACAGAACUGUAACGUUGUGCAGAUCUGGUCUGGCUUGUUGACGAGUUAAAUGCGAGAAACCUUUGUGAAUUCUUGUUGUUCAGCGGCCAUGAAUUGUAGCUACGGCAUUCCAAUUAUUCUUGGUAGCUUAGUAAGAUACUACGUGUUUUCCCUUAGCUAGUAAAUGUCUUGCUGCCGCGA